ACUGGAAAGGCCAGAAUCCCCAAGCACAUUACUGGAAUUUCCAUGACCUCCGACAAAUACUAUGAAAUUAAGGUUUAUAUCAAGUCUAUCGUAAUCCCCGCACUCCGGCUUUCGAAUUUGGGCGUCUAGGCCAUGGCACAAACACGAAAUCCUACUAUCUCUGGCUCCACAAAGCUCUUGAGGAGAUUGGGCCUAGAUUUUUCCCGAGCGGCGUGAGGGGGUUAGUCUGGCCUGAGGAUUAUGAUAAGUAUGAUUUUUUCUUUCUCUAUUUUAUUUUAUCUUGUUCAACCUAGCGAUUUUCUGGUGGACACAUUUUAGUUGGCUAACCUUCGAAUGUAAUAGGAUUUACAAGGCUGUUCAUCAGGUUAUGCGUGUCUUGAGCGUUGGGAUUAGGAAGGAUUAUUACAGGAGGAACCCGAGAGCUGUUCAAAGGGGCAGUAGCGAUGAUGAGAUGGAGAUGGCACAGGAUGAGGAGCCCCAUGAAGGGGAAGCUGGUGAUACUGAUACUGAGGAGGAUUUUGUGGCGCUUGAUGAGGAUGCGAGAUAUGCACAAUGGGAGCAGGAAGAGGAGAAGAUGGGGGGGGUUCUGGAGGCUAUCGACCAGGAGAAUCAGGACGACGAUACGGUGGAGGAAGCCAUGGAUGUGGAGCCUAUCGAACUUGAAGACCUGCUUGGGUUGAUGAAGGUAUGACCAUGAACACCCUCUGCUGUGGUUUCCGGUAUUUUUCGAAUCUGACGGCUGCCCUCUAUAGCCCGAGGUGUUUGCCAAUUUCCCGAAUGUGGAUGAUGAGUAUUUCGAUUGGGA